AUGAACAAGGAAAAAGAAAAGGAAAUUAUCGCAAAGUUUACCGAAAAUCUUAAUCAGAAAGAAAAGGUUAGCGAGUUAGCCGUUAUUGGUCGAGAAAAAGAAAUUAAGGAGUUAGUUUAUAUUUUAUCGCGGAUGCUGAAAAAUAAUCCGUUAUUAAUUGGUUACCCGGGAGUAGGUAAAACGGCAAUAGUUGAAGGACUAGUGCAAAAAAUCAAGCAAGAAAAAGUUCCUGAUUAUUUAAAAGGUAAAAUCAUCUACCAGUUAGAUAUGAUUUCUUUAAUGGCCGGAACGAAGUUUCAAGGCGAAUUGGAAGAAAGGUUAAAAACUAUUUUUAACUUUAUGAGUCAGCCAGAAAAUAAUGCCAUUCUUUUUAUUGAUGAAAUCCAUUUGAUUGUAGGGGCUGGUCGUAGUCAAGGGGCUCUUGAUGUUUCUAAUUUGUUAAAGCCACUGCUUUCGCGGGGUGAAAUUCAAUGUAUCGGAGCAACUACGCAAGCCGAGUAUCGUCAGUAUCUAGAAAAAGAUGAAGCUUUGACUCGUCGUUUUAGUAAUGUAGUUGUUUCUGAAACAAGUUUUAGUGAUACGCUUAUGAUUCUUUAUGGUAUUCGUAAUUAUUUAGAAGUUUAUUACGAACUAAAAAUACUUGAUGAGGCUUUGUUUUCGGCGGUAAAAUUUUCACAGCGUUAUCUAACUACCAAAUAUCUUCCUGAUAAAGCUAUUGAUUUGUUGGAUGAAGCUUGCGGAAGGAUAAGGGGUGAAAUGUGA